AUGUAUGGUGAGAUCUUGUCCCCCAAUUAUCCUCAGGUGUAUCCCAAUGAUGUGCAGGAAUCUUGGGAAAUCCAGGUCCCUUCGGGAUACGGCAUUCGCCUUUAUUUCACACACAUGGAUCUCGAACCAUCGCAGAACUGCGAGUAUGACUCUGUGAAGAUCCUGUCUGGUGGCCAUGUUGAAGGCGUGCUUUGUGGGCGGAAGAAACCUCGUGCCCCUGGCUCCUCCAUUGUGGAGGAAUUUCAUGUCCCUUCUAACACCCUCACUAUGAGCUUCCAAUCGGACUUUUCCAAUGAGGAGCAUUUCACUGGUUUUGCAGCCUACUAUGUUGCUGUGGACUUGGAUGAAUGCAUGGAUUUCGUGGAGGAACCUUGCAGUCAUUACUGCAAUAAUUAUAUUGGGGGUUACUUCUGCACCUGUCCACCAGAUUUUUUCCUCUACGAGGAUAAGAAAACAUGUGGAGUGAACUGCAGUGGAAGUGUCUUCAGUGAGCCAUCAGGGGAGAUCACCAGCCCCAACUAUCCCAACCAGUACCCGGAGAACUCACGGUGCGAGUACCGAGUGGCUCUGAGGCCGGGCUACUUUGUGGCAUUGACCAUACGCAGUGGGGACUUCGACGUGGAACCAGCCGACUCCGAAGGGAAUUGCCACGACAGCUUAACACUUGUCUCUGGAACGCAGCGUUUUGGUCCCUAUUGUGGCAGCAGAUUCCCAGGUCCUCCUGAAAUCAAAACUGGGAGCAAAAUUCUUGACAUAAUCUUCCAUACGGACCACGCGGUGCAACACAAAGGCUGGAAAAUACGCUACUAUGGAGAUCCUGUAACCUGUCCCCCGAGUGUCAUCCCCAACUCUGUUCUUGACCCGAAGAAGGACAGGUAUAUCUUCAAUGACAAUGUGAAGGUGACCUGUUUGGAAGGCUACGAAAUUGUGACAAAACGAGACAGCUUCAGGACCUUUCACUCCAGCUGUCGGGACAAUGGUGAAUGGAGCAACUCCAAUUUCAGCUGUAUUCCUGUGAACUGUGGUGAUCCUGCUCCUCUUGACAAUGCCCAAGCUGUAUACAUCUCUGAACUUCGUGAGCCUCUGUACAGCGCUGCUGUCCAGUAUCGAUGUGAUGCACCUUACUAUACCCUAAAAACCGAAGGGGAUGCGGUGUAUCACUGCUCAGCCAGUGGAGAAUGGGUCAACGAAGAGAUGGGAACAAAGCUACCGAAAUGUGUUCCAGUCUGUGGAGUGCCUAGUAAUCCCAUCCGAGAGAGCGCAAAGAUUUUUGGAGGCACCCGUGCAGAAAAGGGCAACUUUCCCUGGCAGGUGUAUUUCGACUACCCAAGAGGAGGUGGCGUGCUCAUCUCUGAAAGAUGGGUGAUGACAGCAGCGCACGUGCUGGAGGGGCACGACAAGCCCAACAUGUACGCUGGGGUCAUCAACGUUGGUAGAGAGUAUCUGUACCGGGAGGAGGACAAGCGGCUGGUCCCAGAAGCUUCGUUCAUCCAUCCUGGUUGGAAGAAGCAGCCCAUAGAUACCAGGACUGAUUUCGAUAACGACAUCGCGCUGCUGAAGUUGAGCAAACCUGUGAAGAUGGGCCCAGACAUCUUACCCCUCUGUCUUCCUGGCAAAUCACCCGAGUAUGAGCUGCAAGAAGGGACUCUGGGCUACAUUGCUGGCUGGGGCCAGAGAGAGACGGGAAGACUGCCCAUUUAUCUUUGGAAGGCCCGGAUUCCCGUGGUGAACAUGGAUAAGUGCCGAUCUGUGAAACCGGAGGGCUCUGCUGAUUCCAGCGCUUACCGAUUCACGGACAACAUGAUCUGUGCCGGCGGUGACAAGGACAGCUGUAAGGGGGACAGUGGUGGAGCUUAUGCUAUCCCAGAUCCUCUGCAUGACGGACGGUACUACGUGGCCGGGCUGAUCUCCUGGGGACCAAGAUGUGGUACCUUUGGUCUUUACACCAAAGUAGUGCGUUAUUUGGACUGGAUUACAGAGACCAUGAGCAAGCAUGAGGACGCGGAAGACUGGCAGGAUUAG